CGUGAUAGGUCCCUCUAGUAUCACGAAAUGGCACGAACCGCGCCCACUUCUUUGUAAAUCUAGUCCUAACACUAUACAUAUGAGCAUGUUUGUACAUAGAAAAGGGAAAACUACAUGGAUAAGAAUAAAAAGCUGCUGAGGCAUAUCUUUGAACUCUCAGCCAUGGACAUGAAAGGAGAUGCUACUAGUAGCAGCAGCAGUAGCAGAGUUUGUGUGAUGGAUGGUACAGGAUGUGUGGGCUCCACUCUCGUCCGACGCCUUCUUCUCCGAGGAUACACAGUCCAUGCUGCUCUGCAGACACAUGAUGAUGAAAUGAUGAAAUCUUUUAAGAGGAAAUAUGCUGAAGAAAUCAGUAGCAGCAGACUGAGAGUUUUCCAGACAGACCUUUUGGAUUAUCACAGCAUAUUGGAGGCAGUGAAGGGAUGUUAUGGCUUGUUUUACACUUUUGAGCCUCCAUAUGAUUAUGCUUCUUAUGAUGAAUUCAUGGGGGAAAUUGAGGUGAGAGCUGCACACAACGUGGUGGAAGCUUGCACGCACACCACCACCAUAGACAAAGUAGUUUUCACAUCCUCUGCCACAGCAGUGGUGUGGGCCCGGGGCUCCCUCCACCCUCUCGACGAAAGAAACUGGAGUGACAUCAGCCUCUGCAAGAACCUUAAGGUACCCAAAUCGACAACACUAACUAUGCUUUGGAGGAACAGAGCUAAGAAGGGAAGGAAAAAUAACUUUUCCAAAAUGGGAGGAAAACUUUUCAAUCUUCAUUAUGAAAUUUACCCUUUCAUUCUUCUUUCAAUUUUUAAAAUUGAGCAAAAAUUAAAGAGUAAAUUUGUACCAGUAUAAAUUAAUUUUUUAUCCAAUGUUUCUUUAUUCCUUUUGUAUUUUACCUCAAUCCAACCAUGAUGAAGGUACUAAAAAGAGAGGAACUUAGUUCUUUCCCCCUACUUAUUUUUCCACUCCUCAUGGAAAAUGCCCAAACAUAGCUUAAAAUGCAUACAGUUGAACACUUCAUAAAACUGUUGUUACAAUUGGCCCAAAAUAAUGUGCAGUUAUGGCACGGUCUGUCAAAGACAGUGGCAGAGAAGGCAGCAUGGGCAUUGGCGAUGGACAGAGGGGUAAACAUGGUGUCCAUUAAUGGAGGCUUGUUAAUCAGCCCUUGUUUGAGCAUUAAAGAUCCAUACCUGAGAGGAGCAGCGGAGAUGUACGAAGGUGGGUUCUUGGUAGCGGUGGAUUUAAGAUUCUUGGUUGAUGCUCACAUUUGUGUCUUUGAGGAUGUUUCGUCUUAUGGAAGAUACCUAUGCUUCAAUCACGUCAUCAAAUGCAGCCAAGACACUGCUAUGCUUGCAAAAAUGCUUUUAGCAGUAACCCCUGCACAACAGCCUCUAUCUGCACACUCUAUUCAGAAGUAAGUCCCCUUCAGAUGUAUGUGUAUGUUGUUUUGUAUCCAAACACGUGUUUCGACCAUAGAGAGCAACAAAAUCCUUGUAGUGCCAUGCCUUCUAGAUUGAGCAUACCGCAAGUUGAAGCUAACCUUAGUAGAAAAGUUUGUUCCAUGUGCAAUUCCCAUUUUUAAACCUUUGAAACAUUAACACAUUCAUCUUACUUUCAUCUGUAAUAGUAUUUCAUUUUGUAAACAUGAAAUUGGAAAAUUAAGCUCACAUCCAAUAAAAGAAAAGAAAUUGGAUUAUCUACU